AUGGGUGCCAUCAUCAGUUGUUGUUGCUCUUGUUGUGAUAAAACAUCGAAUAAAUACAAUGACACUUAUCAAUCGACACGUGCGCUUGAUACACCUCCAACAGCUUUCGAUAAUAAAAUUCAUGUUUCCGAAAUCUAUGGCAAAAAUGCUGAUGAUGAACUUGCUCCAUCGGAUAAUCCAACUACAGCGACAAUUUUUCGAUCUAUCCUACAUCCGCCUAAGGACACAACACAACCAGAAAGCCCGCCACCUCCUCCUUUGACAAAUCCUGACGAGAUCGUCGUAAAAUCGCCAAAUGGAAAACCUCUACGAACUCUGGAUCCAAAUCCAUCGACCAGUUCCAAACCUCAUCGAGCACCUCUAGGUCCAUCUUCAUCAGUUUCCCCAAGUCGCUUACGAACUCAAACCGAACAAACUCGCUUCACGAAUCCGAAUAAACUACUUAAACAUUCAAAUUCCUGCUCAACGAUUUAUGUUGACGAUUCAACAGUUUCGCAACCGAAUUUAAGAGCUAUGAUCAAAUGUGUUAGCAUUGCUAUUCAUUCACAUAUUCUACAUCGAAAAUCGAAUAAAUCUAUGAAUAUAUUCGAUGAAAAACUUCAUCCACUAAGUAAAGAGCCUGUGCCAGAUGAUUAUGAUAAACAAACACCAGAUCAGAAAAAUAUUUAUCGUUUUAUGCGCAAUUUAUUCACAGCUGCACAAUUAACAGCUGAAUGUGCUAUUGUUACAUUGGUAUAUCUCGAACGUGUUCUUAGUUAUGGAGAACUUGACUUAUGUCCAGCAAAUUGGAAACGUCUCGUACUUGGUGCGAUCAUGUUAGCAUCGAAAGUAUGGGACGAUCAAGCAGUGUGGAAUGUUGAUUUUUGCCAAAUUUUGAAAGAAAUCGCCGUUAAUGAAAUGAAUGAAUUAGAACGUGAAUAUAUUCAAGUUCUUCAAUUCAAUGUUGACGUUGCUUCGUCAAUCUACGCCAAGUAUUAUUUUGAUUUACGACAAAUUGCCAAAGAAAAUCAAAUUUCGUUUCCUGAUGAGUUACUGACAAAAGAGAAAGCAAUUAAACUCGAAGCUUUAUCACUUGUUAAUAAUCGUCUCCAGCAACAAUUAACUGAUUCAGCAGUCAGUUCAAAUCCCUCUCAGGUUUCCAAUCAUCUGCAUUACAAAUCUUCUCAACAGAAACCUUUAGCACCACUGCUCUCAUUACGACGUUCAGCAAGUGUGGAAUUCACCCAAUCGGCACGCAAAUCUCUUCUAAUUCUGUCUUAA